AUGUCCACCACAUACGUACUGCCACCCCUGCAAGCUCCGUUGGCUACCGGAUGCUCUUCCCGGAUUCGCAGAGUUCUCAAAGCUCCCCAGCGCCCGAUCGCUCUUCGGAGAGAAUAUAUCACUGAAGUCAAAUCCCUCCUCACAUUUAGACCCCAGGGGGACCCAAAAUCUGCCAUUGGUUAUAGCAUCCACGACGAUGACGGCAUAGUCCUGUUCACAGCCUCCGGUCGGAAAUUCAACGAUCGACCCUGCCGGGAAUUCAGAGAUGACUCGGGGCUCCCUUUAUUCGAGAUCUAUAGAAAGUCCUUCAGGAACUCCUGGUCCAUCUCGCUGCCGGGGAGUAGUAGUGCGAAAAUAGCCACUGUUAGCCCGCGACGAACAUCUGGUAUGUCUGGUUGGGGGGACUUCACCAUCACCUUCGACAACGCAGCGGCCUUCGAAUCCAAGCGGAAGGAGGAUAAGGAGCUCUCCCUAGAGGUCCAAAGUCGCGGGAAUGUUCUAGCAUUAUAUGAUAUUGUGGAUGGUGAUAGGAAAGUAGCAGAAGUGCGCGAGAGUAUACAGCACAAUGAGAAGUUGGCCUUGAUGAAGCGCUUUCCUAGUUCUAAGCAUGGCUAUCGACCAGUCCUGGAUAUCAUUAUAACUGCGCACGUCGAUCAAUCACUAAUUGCGGCUGUUGCAGUUAUUAUAUCCGACACAGUUUUCUCUGCGAAUGUUUGA